UCUAGACAAUGUUUACUCUGGUUUGCACACAUCACAGGGACAUCAAAGUACACUUUUAAAAACAGAGCUCUUCACCCCGCGUGUGCCGCGUGGAACUCAGAUCAGCUGCCUGCUUCAGAGGACACUGUUGAAAGGGUCUCCCAGGAUGUGGUUCUUAGUCAUUGUCGCUGUGGCAUCUCUCGUCCCUUCACCCACACACUGUGGUGUCAAAGAACUAGGUCUCCACUUUGAUUUAACCAAACAAGAAGAUGUCAAGCCUGUACCACUGGAAGAAAUCCCAACCGACUACCAUAAAGAAAACACCCUGACAAACACUCUGCUAGGCGAAGAGCUAGAGGAAGAAGAUUACAUCGAUUUCGACAAGCUGUUUGCCGAAGACGACGACUACAUUGAUAUGAUAGACGAGAUUGAAAGCCCGGCUACUGAUGUGGACAUUGUCAUUGAGACCACGGAUCCACAAAUCAAGAGGGCCAAACUGCACAAACUAUUCCAAGGCAAAUCCAGGAUCCAGCGUCUCAACACUGUCAACGCUGACUUCGGGUUCAAUCUCUACAGGAGCCUCAGGAACGGCGCCAACCAGUCCGAUAACAUCCUGUUAGCUCCGGUGGGCAUUUCCACCGUCAUGGGCAUGAUUGACCUAGGGACCAAGGAUCAAACCCAUCAACAGAUAUUCCACACCCUGGGCUUUGAAGACUUUGUGAACGCAAGCUCUAAAUACGAGGACGUGACCGUCCACAACCUCUUCCGCAAACUGACCCAUCGACUUUUCCGACGUAAUUUCGGCUACACCCUGCGCUCGGUGAACGAUCUGUACGUGGAAAGCCAGCACGCCCUGGUCGACGUGUUCAGAAAUAAUAUUAAAAACUACUACUUUGCCGAGGCCCAGUCGGUUGACUUCAAGGACCCUUCUUUCCUUGCCAAAACAAAUCAACGUGUAGCAAAGCUUACAAAAGGCUUGAUUAAAGAAGCCCUGAAGACCGUCAAUCCUGACACACUAAUGAUGAUACUCAACUGCCUCUACUUUAAAGGGACUUGGGAAAACAAAUUUCCUGCAGAUCUGACACACCACCGUAGCUUCCGCCUGAACGACAAGGAGACUGUGAAGGUUUCCAUGAUGCAGACCAAAGGGAAUUUUCUAGCAGCAGCCGAUCAUGACCUGGAGUGUGACGUUCUGCAGCUGCCCUACGUUGGCAACAUCUACAUGCUGAUCGUGAUCCCACGCAAGCUCUCUGGGAUGAGGAGCUUGGAGCGACAGCUGUCCUCAGAGGUGGUCAACAAAUGGGUGCACAGCAUGACAAACAGAACCCGAGAAGUAGUUUUCCCAAAAUUUAAACUGCAGAAGAAUUACAACCUGAUUGGAUCCCUAAAGGAGCUGGGACUCACAGACCUGUUUGAGGGGAAUGCAAACUUCUCUGGAAUGACAGACCAGGAAAUAGCAAUCGACAUGUUCAACCACCAAGGUACAAUCACCGUGAAUGAAGAAGGCACUGAGGCAGCAGCUGUGACCAAAGUAGGCUUCAUGCCGCUCUCUGCUCAGAUCCGUUUCAUUGUGGACAGACCCUUCCUCUUUCUCAUCUAUGAGCAACGCACCAACUGCCUGCUCUUCAUGGGCAGAGUGGCCAACCCAGCAAAGGACUGACCCUUACAGAGCAUGAACACCACGGUGCUUUAAGUGGAGGUGCAACCAUCUUGGUACUGGAUUGAAUAUACAUCUCGUCUGAGAGCUUUAUUAUUUUAGCAUUGUUUUGUGUUAAAGAUUUAGUCUGUUUUGUUUUACGUUUACUUUAUGAAAUGGAAUAAAAUAUACAUUUAAAAAAGCUCUUCCAUGUGCUGUAACCUAGGAAAAGGAUUCAGCACGAAAAAGUUAUUUUACAGUCGUGGUGCAGCAUUUUCCAAGUUUCCAUGGAUUGUGAAAAUAUUGGAAACUGAUGCAGCAUCAUUCUGGUUUUGCAGAUGCAUGUUCUACAUUAUGCAAUUACAUUUUAGUACACAUUUUUAGGUAUGUAAAGAUGCAAACGAACAAUUAAAGUUUUUGUUUAAAACUUG